UAGUGCUCGAUAAACGGAGACGCUGUGCGAUCUCGCAAGGGGUGGAGUGUGCGUGUUGGCGUUGGACAUGGGCACAACCGAUGUCAACGUGGAGCAAUGUCGUGGGAAUCCUGCGAUGCGCAAGGUUCCUGGUGGAUCACGUUAGACGGCAGUUCUUCUGCCGCGUUUUGUCGUGAUCUACUUCUCACAAGUUGACGCAUGUGUUGGAGCCACGGACUGCUCGACACGGCGACAUGGUUACCCAGAAGCUUGUGAGAUACUUCUUUUGUGGCCUCAUUGUCCUCAGCAUUGCCGCCCCUGGAUACUAUUACCUUAGCACAGAAACAUUGGAUGGGCAAUUAGCCGCCUUGACCAGACUAAUUUCUCCUAGUACCCAUAAACCGAAAACCGAAACCGAAAUUAGUGAAGUCAACGCGCCACAAUAUCCCGUCGUGCUCAUCUGGAACAGUUUCUACGGAGAGCCCGUUAAUCCCUAUUUUACCCAAGAGAUGGCUGACAAGUGCGUUCAUCGCUGCAUUUUCACCCGUGAUCGCUCCACGGCUCCCCGGAGCGCCGCCAUCGUUUUUCACAAUCGCGACUUCAGUUCGAAGCAGAUUCCACGGAGACUCAGUGAGAAGCAGAUUUGGGUGCUUUAUGGGAUGGAGUCACCCGUCUACACGCCGAACGAGAGUGUUGCGCUGAACGGCCUCAUCAACUGGACGGUGACCUAUCGACGUGACGCGGACGUUCCGUUUCCGUACGAGCACAGGCUCGUUAGGCUUAGCAGACACGACACCGUGGAACGGGCGCCGAAUGUGACGAAGGACCGAAUGGCAGCGUGGUUUGUGUCGCACUGCAACGCUCGCAGCGGCCGACAGCAAUUCGUGGAGCAGCUCCAGAAAGUGAUCGACGUCGACAUCUACGGUGCGUGCGGGAAGCAUGAAUGUUCUCCAUCCCGAAGCCCCGCCUGUUAUCAGAUGCUGGCGAAGAAAUACUAUUUCUAUCUCUCUCUCGAGAAUUCCCUGUGUCGCGACUACGUCACGGAGAAGUUCUACAAUGUACUCGCCUACGAUAUAGUGCCCGUGGUCAUGGGGUACGCCAACUAUUCCACCUUCUCUCCACCCGGAUCGUUUAUCGACGCGCUGUCCUUCGCUUCGCCUCAGGACCUGGGAAAGUACCUGUGGAACACUGUGCACGUCUGGAAGAACUACAGUUCCCACUUCGAUUGGAAGCGGCGGUACAAGGCUGUGCGUGAAACGCACCAGGCCGCGUGCGGACUUUGCGAGAAGAUUUAUAGAAAUAAUUCUAGCCCUAAGGUUUACUCGGACAUACGAAAGUGGUGGUUCGAUGAAGGAGAUUGUUGGACGUGGAAACCGAAGAAUGGAACGGAGAACCAGAGCCGUCAGUAGGCUUGAGCGAGGACAACUGGAAAGCAGUCAGUGAUGUUGACACCAGGACGGAGUUUCAGCCUCUCCGACGUCCCGACACCGUAGUACAUGUGCUGGAUUUCAUAAACGGCAUUCGCCAUUACCCUACGUGCUUCGUCCGAAAGUUCCUCGUCAUCUAAAAGCUUGAGGACAGCCUCCCUCAAGUAGAGGUACAUCGUCGUCACCUCGCGCGUGGUGUCUCUAUGCUGGAGAUGUCUUGACAACCAGCUAGCGUAUACCUUCUUGCCAUAACGUGCAGUCUCCUGCAAGCACCGAGUCCUGAUGCUCAAAAAAUCUCCACCUCGCAACGCGUCCCUCUUGAACAGUUCGUACUUCAGUGUAUGGGCGAGGAACAGGAACAAGUUGUAUAUGGACACCUGUGCAGCAUCGUAAGAGCCAAGUACGCUUACGAUGUCUUUGAUCUCGGACCAUCCCCGAACCCUAACCGAGAAAUCUGAAGUGAUGUUCUCCUUCGCGAACAACUGGACUACUCUCAACCAGGUCGCCAGCGGUACAGCAGUUUCAUUUAGCUGCCGUACCUGGAUGGUAGCAUAAGGAGCUGGUUUGAACUUUUUGAUGACGGCAUCUACAUCAGCACCAAUUCUCUCGAGUAUUCCCGUUCGCGCAAGUCUUUCAAGCUUGAAGUAUCCCACGAGCAUGCGAAUGUACUCUUCAGUCGAGACGUCCACAGAUGUCAGGACAGUGUUGAGGCUCGUGCCGAGGUUGAUGUGGACGAUAUUGAGCUCCGCAUAUAUGUCGAAGAAGAAGCGCCAAGCGAACUCUCUCAUCGUACUGGCUGCUAGAAAAACCAGAUCUUCGAGUGUCUUUACCGAAUGCCAAGUUUUAGGGUCGAUUCUAAAGUACUUGAUGAUGGAUGUCACGGCACUCGACUCAUUAUCUGUCAUGAAGUUGUAGCAGCUUUUGUAGUACACGGCCAUAUUGGAUUCGGCAUAAUAUAUUGCGUUGACCAUGUUAGAUAAAUUCAUUAAUUUCUCAUGGACGCGCAGAGUGCUGUUUCGAAAAGUCUCUGACAGGUAGUCUCCUCGAAACCGACCUCGGCCUGGUUUGGUCUGUGCCCAUCUGCCGCAUACGUACCUGCGGAUACGAAAAAUCAAUGCGUGUGCGCAGCCGGGUGUCGGGACUAUACAUGACAUUGUCGGGUAAACAUAAACAAGCCCGUGCCGCAACUUCCGGUGCCACGAAGACUUCCGGUUUCCUUCCGCGACUAAGGACGCUCGGAACCAGCCGCCUUGCAGAACUAUAUCUUUCGCUUCCCUGAUUUCUUGAAAACUGAAUGCGUACGCCUUUUUGUGGCAAUUUGAAUUGCCACAAAUAUCUAUCUAUCUAGAGAGAUAUUCACUGUAUCUCUCUCCACAAAUCAGAAGCGAUAACUGUAUCAAUCGGCACAGUGGUUGGUGCAGAGCGUGUUUGCUGUGAAACCGGAUGUUGUUUUGGCAGCAAACCGGAAGCGGUGAAAACGGCAUGUAUACGAAUCGAACAUAACAACACACACGCGGAUAUACAUAGUAUGUACAUAAUAUAUCCACGCAUAUAGUAUGAAGCAGACCUCACUCUUACGACCGCAGAUUCGAAGCUAUUCCGAGUAUAUCAUGUGUGGUUUUGAAGAAAAAUCGCUUCGAUUCGAAAUUCAAAUACAGUGAGAUUGUCUCGCCUGUCUUUUU